GUUUUCAAGUCCCUCCGUAUCAUAACCUAAUUUUCUAAACCGGGUUACUUUAACAACAAUAAUGAUAAAUAUUUCGCUUAAGAUAGGUUGUAUGUUAGUUUUGUUUAAUAUAAAUGUAUCAAGUGAAAUUUUACGACCAAGGGGUGUUUCAAUAUCAAAAGUGUCUUUGUAUGACCCGAGUACUGAAUUUACAUGUUUCGAUGGUUUGCGAACAAUACCAUUUAAGUAUGUGAAUGAUGACUACUGUGACUGCCACGAUGGUACGGAUGAGCCUGGCACUCCGGCUUGCCCGAAUGGUGUCUUUCACUGCACUAACGCUGGACACAAACCUCUCAACAUACCUUCAUCCCGAGUCAAUGAUGGGAUUUGUGAUUGCUGCGACGCGUCGGAUGAAUACUUGACGGGCAACUGCAGUGACACUUGUUACGUUUUGGGAGAAGAAGCGAGACAGCAGGCCAAGCAGAGAGCGGAAUUGUUGCGGCAAGGUGGCGAACUGCGGCAGCAACUCAUCUCUCGCGGCAAGCAGAUGAAACAGGAGAAGUUGAGCCGAGCACAGUCGCUGGAAAGAGACAAAGCUGAAGCAGAAGCAGUGAAAAAGGAAAAAGAAAUAUUGAAACAGGAAGCAGAAGCGGCUGAAUCAGUUGCGUUGGAAGCAUACAGACUGGUGGAGGAAGCCGAGAGAGAGAAGAAACAAGAAGAGGAGAAGGCGCAGGAACAACAAGAAGCGUUUGAACACUUCCAACUCAUAGACUCGAAUCAGGACGGCAAGAUUACAGCAGCCGAACUGGAAGCGAGGCAGACAUUUGAUCAGAACAAAGAUGGUGUGGUGUCGGAAGACGAAGUCAAGUUUUUCCUGGGAAUCGUUGAAGAAGCGGAUUGGGAUCACUUCUUGGCUGAAGUUUAUCCUCGUAUGAAACCGUUCUUCAUGAUGGAGAAAGGGCUCUUCCAGCCUCCAUCGGAACAGAAAGAAGAAGAUGACGCAGAGCAUAAUUCUGAUCAAGAAAAUCCAGAAGAAUGGGGAGAAGAAGAGGAGGAAAAAGAAGAGGAAGAGGAACAACCAGAAGAUGAGGAAAAGGAACAUAAGGAUGAUGCAGAGCAGGUUGAUCUGGAGGAAGACGAGACAAAACAGAAAUAUGACGCUGCCACACAGGGUCUGAUAGGUGACGCGGACAAAGCAAGGGCUGAUUUCGAGAGUGCCGAGAGAGCCCUGAGGGACGUAGAACGAGAGCUGAAACAUCUCCAAGAGGGCCUGGAGAAGGACUAUGGACCUGAGGACGAUUUUUCAGCUUUAGAUGGGGAAUGCUUCGAGUACAGUGAUCGUGAAUACACCUACAAACUCUGUCCUUUUGACCAGGUGAGUCAGAAGCCUAGGUCAGGAGGAGCUGAGACGAGACUAGGCUCGUGGAGCGGCUGGGCUGGAGCAGGAGACAAAUACUCCGCUAUGAUGUACGACCAGGGCCAGUCGUGUUGGAACGGGCCUCAGCGCUCCACAUAUGUGGACGUAAUCUGUGGGCUAGAGAGUGCCGUAACGACAGCGUCAGAACCUAACCGCUGUGAAUACCGACUCACAUUUACGACUCCUGCGGCCUGCCGAGCUGAACAGCCGUUAGAACCCAUCCCUCAUGAUGAACUGUGAUUAAGGUUAUGGUAUAGUGUCGCACCAUAAUGAGCAUUUACGAAUUCAACAGUGUGUUCUUCAACUUCUUUUUAGAUCAAAUUAAGUUAAGAUUUGAAGAGAAACGUAAAAUUUGAGAUGGUAACAAAUCUAAGUGUUGUAUGUGAAUUUUUAAAUUAGUGUGAACUUUCUAUUUGAAAAAUAGGUGUACAACUUGGAUCACAGUAGAUAUUAUAAGUUAAUUAGGUUAAACAGUGAGUCAUUUUGGUUCUGUAAUAUCUUUCUCGAUGUUCAAAUUCCAUUAAAUUUUAUAUUUCAUUUAUGGUCUAAAAGAGCACAAUUAUGUUAAAUGGUUUAUUCUGCAACUCAUAAAUGACAGUAGAUUUAAUGCUUUUAUAGAAUUUUAAAUUCAAUAAUUUUAUUUUUAACGCGGUUUUUGAAUACUAGUUUUAGCUCAGAUAUUAUUUUUGGUUCUCCAAUAGCCCAAUUAAUUAUAAGCAACAGGUUUUCUUUUAUACAUUCCAGGUCACAAUUAUACGGUUAAGACUGACUGUAAUAAACUAUUGUUUAUAAA